AGACAAGCAAAAUGAAGACAGUCAUAGCACUGACCCUCCUAUCCUUGGCUACGGCGUUCGGCCAGGAUCUUGGGCUGCGUGCGGCACAAACGAACCAAUUCAGGGAGUUUCCCUACUGCCAGUGCCAGAAGUACCCUGCAGCUUACACCCUGUCACCUUUCAUCCGCAAGGGCACUACGAACACUUACUGCACCACAGUAAAGGUUCUCCUUCCGACCAACUGCACAGAUUACUGCUGCUUAAAGGCCGACGCGAAGAAGCUUGAGAUCGAUGCCAAGGCGGCGUGCAACGCCCCUGGCGUCGUCCUCUCGGCCACUUUGAAUGGUGUUCCCACGGCCAUCGCCCCGAACUUUGAGCUGGCACCACAAGGGUUUCCCGGCUCCACCGUCCUGAAGCUCACGCAGCUGGGCCUCAACCUCACCACCGCUGAUGGCGCGGAGAUCUGCAUCACCCUGGGAACUAACCGCGCGGGCAAGGGUUGCACCAACCUGGAGCAGCUGUGCGUUCCGCCCCCCGGGGCGCCCGCUGGCGCAUGCUCGGCCGCGCUGUUCAGCUCCAACAAUGAUUGCUGCCCCUCCCUACCUCCGCCGCCACCGCCUCCACCGCCUCCACCACCAAUUACUCCAGGCUUCCGCACCUGUGACACGUGCGUCACUUUCUCACUCGUAGCAGGCCCCACCGCAGUAUUUCCAUACAGUUUCACCCCGGCGCAAUGCGAUGCGUACGCCAAAUAUGUGUCCGCGGCCUUCCUGAAGACAGCGAGCGCGGCUAACGCAAGCAUAUUUAAGAACUUUACCCUGAACACUUGCACAGGCAACAAUGUCACUAUCUGCGGCAAGUUCAGGGAUGCCAACGGCGCAUUGGUUGCCCCAUACGCUGACGCGCUUGUGGCUGAGUUCCUCAAUCUUGUGGUGCCCGGCGGCGUGGCACCGCCUUACCUCAUCGGCCACACGGUUACGGUCACAAUCGCAAGCCUGGAAGGCACAGCCACCUCAAGACGGCGGUCACUGCUUCAAACAUCCACCAUGAUCUGCCCUGAUGCUACGACAAGUGUCGCUUUGACUCCGCCUCCCGUCGACUUCCCGAAAUGCAUCUGCGAGUUCAAGCAGGGCACGACACCUUUUGCUGCCUUCCCCUUCUACACGACUAAGCCGGGAAGCAAGCCUCUGCGCACCCAGUACUGCUUCACAUUCGCGGUUAUCUCGCCGUCCGUGGUGAGUGGUCCCUGCGCCAACGCCACCACGUUCUCGAAGGCGGAGUUCUGGGCCAGCGACGCCCUGCGCCGCAGCCUUAGGGGAUUUUAUGUCAAGCCAAAUGGAGCUGCCAGCUACACCUUCCUUUCCCCAACUUGGGGCGCUGUGGGUGAGGACACGGUGCGCGCUACUCCGCUGGACUGGACAUUGCAGCUGGCAAACGGUGCCGAGAUCUGCAUGGAGCUGGACAGCACCACUUCCCUGAACGACUUCUGCCUGGGUCCCUACACCAACGCGUGCUUCAUUAACAUCUUUGACCCAACCAAGAAGUGCUGCCCGAUGUACGCGUCAAUUGGAUCGCCAUUCGUCCCCUAAACCAUCCAUGUAGAAUGGUUUCCCGUGUGGGCCGUGUGGUCGGCACACAUGGAGACCGGCAAGGGACAUUGGCGGUGUGGGACGGGCGUGAAUCGGAGCAUAAAAAUAAGCGACUACCGAGAGGUGACUGCACGCGUGCGGACUGCAGGGGGCCGGGGAGACCGGUUGGGUUCGACUGCGAAACUCGUGGCUCCUAAGGAAUGGUGUCGUGGCCCGACAGUGGUAAUAUGGGGCUUGUUUCGGUUGCUUGGUCAAGUGAGGCGUUUGCUUCGGCGUGGAGCCCCUGGCAGCUACCUCCCAUCCCGUUCCUUGCAUUGGACAACAGCCACUUUAGGAAACACUAUUAGGAACGCAGGAUUCGCGUAUGUCCAUAUUAGGUCGGUUUGCACUUCCGCUCGUACCUGCAACGAGCUUCUUGUUUAAUACAUUAAGUUCUGUUACAUAUACAUUAAGCUGUAGUGCGCGGCGACGGCUUCCUAGCUUGGCCUGUUCGGGACGUUGGUGUUGAACCUACGUUGGGGCCGGCGCUGGUUUCCGUACAGUAGAGGUGACGUGGACACUGGCUGAACAUGCUCGAUGUAACUGCUUUACGUCGGUCACAUGCACUUUCAUGUGUGACGGUCGUCUCCAUGCCGUUGCGGGUGGCGACAUGCACACGCUUAAUUGUUUUGAAGGUCGUACAUGCUAUAUGGAAAGUUGACAACCUCGCACGGUGAGUAGUGUCGCUAGCUGUGGUCACAACCCGGCCGGCUUGGCUGCGCUUGGCUGCUUUUCACGUUCCAGUUGCGAACGACUGCAUAACUGGAUUUUAUCGCAUAACUUUUUGCUGUAUGCUUCAUGGAAAUCUGAGCGAAUUUCGACAUAUUGCGCAUCGUGUCAGCCCACAUGCUGAUGAAGAAAUGUCGUACAGAUAUGGCGUGAUGUACUUUCGCCCGCUAUGUCUGCUUGGACUCGCUUGCUUGCAUUAGACCUUUUCGCAUUAUGGGCUUGCCGCCUGAAAUUACAGGGGGCCCAUCAGGGGGUCGGCUGGGUGCGUGCAAGUUGAAUGCAUGCUUCCUGUGUAUGGCCGUGCUCCGCUCAUGCCACCCAGCUCGCUCUGGCCCAUUUCCAUCCUGGUCUUCUUGAAUCUCUUGUACGUAACUUUUUGAUAUGUAACGUUUGGAUUCAACCCAA